UGCAGCAGCAGCAGCAGCAGCCACAGCAGCUGCCACUGCUCAGCUCUGUGCGAAGGUAGCCGGGUGACUCGGAGACAGUGACUCAGAGGCAGAGCGGGCCAAGGAGCACGGGCGUCCAUGGACCUUGGGGCCCUUCCCCAAACAAGGUGACAUCCUUUACUUUCCACUCAGCUGUACCUGCCUCUUCCAUGGACUUCCAAGAGAGAGACAGCCCUUCCCUGGCUGAGAGUACUCAGUCCUCAAAGCCCAGCAGUGCCCAACAGACCUCUGAACUGUGGGAGGUGGUAGAGGAGCCUCGGGGCAGGCUGGGAACAGAAGGCAUCAUGCCUGAGAGGCAGGAAGGCCACCUGCUCAAGAAGAGGAAGUGGCCUCUGAAGGGCUGGCACAAGAGGUACUUUGUGCUCGAGGAUGGGAUCCUGCACUAUGCUACAACCAGGCAAGACAUCACCAAGGGGAAACUCCAUGGCUCCAUUGAUGUCCGGCUGUCGGUCAUGUCCAUCAACAAAAAAGCUCAGCGCAUUGACCUUGAUACGGAGGACAACAUCUACCACCUCAAGAUCAAAUCCCAGGACCUUUUCCAAAGCUGGGUGACCCAGCUCCGUGCCCACCGCCUGGCUCAGCGCUUAGACAUGCCCAGCACUGCUCAUCGGAAGGUUCCUGGCACCCAACUUCUAACAACGAGUAGUGCCUCAGCCCUACCUGGUGUUGGACCUCGAGAGAAGGUGUCUUCCUGGCUGAGGGACAGUGAUGGCCUAGACCGCUGCUCUCACGCUCUCUCGGAGUGUCAGGGGAAGCUGCAGGAACUACACAGACUCCUCCAGAGCCUAGAGUCCCUGCACCGAAUCCCCUCAGCCCCUGUGAUUCCUACACACCAGGCCUCUGUGACAACAGAGAGACCCAAGAAGGGAAAACGGACCAGUCGCAUGUGGUGUACACAGAGCUUUGCCAAGGACGACACCAUUGGACGGGUUGGUCGUCUCCAUGGCUCUGUUCCCAACCUGUCCCGCUACCUGGAGUCUCGAGACUCCUCAGGUCCCCGUGGGCUGCCACCUCCAGACUAUGCCCACCUGCAGCGUAGUUUCUGGGCCCUGGCUCAGAAGGUCCACAGCUCCCUCAGCAGCGUCUUGGCGGCCCUCACCACUGAACGGGACCGACUGAGGGACCUGCACCAGGGCUCAGAGCUGUCAAGGAUGGGGGUCUCCGAGGCUCCAGCUGGGCAGAGACGCCUGCACUCUCUGUCUAUCUCCUCAGAUACCACCGCGGACUCCUUCAGUUCCCUCAAUCCUGAGGAGCAAGAAGCUUUGUACAUGAAGGGCCGAGAGCUGACCCCCCAGCUGUCCCAGAGCAGCGUCCUGUCCCUUGCCGACUCCCACACGGAGUUCUUUGAUGCCUGCGAGGUUCUGCUUUCCGCCAGCUCUUCAGAGAAUGAGGGCUCCGAGGAAGAAGAGUCGUGCACCAGUGAAAUCACUACCAGCCUGUCUGAGGAGGUGCUGGACCUCAGGGGAGCUGACUGCUACCAGAAAGGGGCAUGUGUUCCAGGGAGAGCAUCCGGGCCUCCCCGCCGCCGCUGCCUGCCAGCUGCCAGUGGGCCUGGGGUGGAUGUGAGCCUGUGGAACAUCCUGCGUAACAACAUUGGGAAAGACCUGUCCAAGGUGUCGAUGCCCGUGCAGCUCAACGAGCCACUCAACACGUUGCAGCGGCUCUGCGAGGAGCUGGAGUACAGCAGCCUGCUGGACCAGGCCAGCCGCGUGGCUGACCCUUGCGAGCGCAUGGUGUAUAUAGCAGCCUUUGCUGUUUCUGCCUACUCCUCCACGUACCACCGGGCAGGCUGCAAGCCCUUCAACCCUGUCCUGGGGGAGACAUAUGAGUGUGAGCGGCCAGACAGAGGCUUCCGCUUCAUCAGCGAGCAGGUCUCCCACCACCCUCCCAUCUCGGCAUGCCACGCAGAGUCGGACAACUUCAUCUUUUGGCAAGACAUGAAGUGGAAGAACAAGUUCUGGGGCAAAUCCCUAGAGAUUGUGCCAGUGGGGACAGUCAAUGUCAGCCUGCCCAGGUUUGGGGAUCACUUUGAAUGGAACAAGGUGACGUCCUGCAUUCACAACAUCCUGAGUGGCCAGCGCUGGAUAGAGCACUACGGGGAGGUGCUCAUCCGGAACACACAGGACAGCUCCUGCCACUGCAAGAUCACUUUCUGCAAGGCCAAGUACUGGAGUUCCAACGUCCAUGAGGUCCAGGGUGCCGUGCUGAGCCGCAGUGGCCGUGUCCUCCACCGACUCUUUGGGAAGUGGAAUGAGGGGCUUUAUCGGGGUCCCCCACCAGGGGGCCAGUGCAUCUGGAAACCCAACUCCAUGCCCCCAGACCACGAGCGCAACUUCGGCUUCACUCAGUUUGCCUUGGAGCUGAAUGAGCUGACAGCAGAGCUGAAGCGGACCUUGCCAUCCACAGAUACUAGGCUGCGUCCUGACCAGAGGUACCUGGAGGAAGGGAAUAUACAAGCUGCUGAGGCCCAGAAGCGAAGGAUUGAGCAGCUGCAGCGAGACAGAAGGAGAGUCAUGGAGGAGAACAACAUCGUCCACCAGGCUCGCUUCUUCAGGCGGCAGACAGACAGCAGCGGCAAGGAGUGGUGGGUCACUAACCACACAUACUGGAGGCUGCGCGCCGAGCCCGGCUACGGGAACCUGGAUGGAGCUGUGCUUUGGUAGCCCUGGCCCUGGGGCAGGAGGCUCAGGGCCUGCUCUCCUCCUGUCCCUACCUCUCCCACGGACACAUGGAUGAGGCCAGGCUCCCCCCCUCAGGCAGCCCUGGCUCCAGCCCUCUCCCCUCUGCUGGCCAGAGGGGCUGCAGCUUAGCUCACCCCCACUGCACAGUUGGGGUUGGAGUCAGAGUCUGUUUCUCCAGUCUUGUUGCUCCAACAACUGGCAUGUGAGCCCCUUCUUGCUCUGCCAUUCCCCUUUCUAUCCCCCCUAGGGAUGCUUGGGGAUGCUAGGCUCCUCAGUUCCCCAUUUCAGUGCCUUCCUAGGACACAGGGGACCCCUUGAUGAUCCCCAGGCUUUUUGUCGCCAGGGCACUGGCCCCACUGUGAGAGGUUCAAGUAAGUGAAGGAAAUGGGAUGGCCUCUUCUCCCACUUGCCCCAUUUCCAGUUUCUGCUCCUCUGCCCCAGUCCAGCAGGUCUUUCUCCAGCUCCCUUUCGCUGGUCCCUGGCCUCCUUCCCCUGCUGCAUCCCUUUCCUCCCCAACUACAAAGCUCCGGCAGACUCCUGCUCCCUUGUUCCUCAUCCUCCUGUGGAUCCUCCCAUCUCAGCUCAGCAGAUGCCCCGAAGUGGACAAGGCCUCUGCCAAAGGUGGAGAUGCCUGGCCUCAGGCCCACAGGGAAGGAAGUGUGCAGGCAUGAGUGUAAAGUCAGUAGGAGUGUGUGUGUGUGUGUGUGUGUGUGUGUGUGUGUGUGUGUCCUGCUUGCAGGCAAGCAGGAUUCUUCAAUGUAGCCUGGGCAUCCCACUGGAUGUCCACCAUCAUUGCUGCUCAUUUGCUCAGUUUGCCUCUGAGUCAGGUGAAUUGCUGUGACAUUCCAAGCUCC